UCUGGGGAGCCUGAGUUGGUGGGGGCAACCAGCCCACGGCAGGAGGAUGGAACUGUAUGGGCGUUAAGGUCUCUUCCAAUCCAAGCCGUCCUUUGAUUGUAUGCACGAGGGGCUUUUUUUUUUUCCAUCUACAUUUUGAGACUGUAAUAAAAGAGUUAACAAACUCUUCAAGUGUGGCUCUCAAGGGGAAUAGCUGUCAUCUGCCACUUUUGCUGGGGACUGCUAGCUUGUCCUCCCUGGUGACGUGGUGACUCUUGAGGAUUGCACCACCUCCACUGUUUCUGCUUCAAAGAAAAGAAAGCAAAAGCUCCCAUGGGAGAAAUGGACAGAGAGGAGCUUUGUACCCAGGCUGGGAGAGUAGGAACUGGAAUGCAGCCUCCAAAUGCAACCCCCUCUUCCUGAUCAUAUGGUGAGAGAAGAAACCAGGAGCCUCACUCCCAAGCAAUGUGCUGUUUUGGAUCUUGCACUGGAUACUAUCAAACAAUAUUUCCAUGCUGGUGGGAAUGGACUGAAGAAAACCUUCUUGGAGAAGAGUCCCGACCUGCAGUCACUUCGAUACGCUCUUUCUCUCUAUACUCAGACCACAGACACUCUCAUCAAAACUUUUGUCCAGACACAGACAGCUCAGGUGCAUGAUGGGAAAGGUAUUAGGUUUACGGCUAAUGAGGACGUUCUUCCUGAUAAGGCCUCUGGUGUGGAUGACCCUGUGGGUGAAGUGUCUGUACAGAUCGACCUGUAUACCCAUCCAGGAACUGGAGAACACAAGGUCACAGUGAAAGUUGUGGCAGCCAACGACCUGAAGUGGCAGACGUCUGGCAUGUUCCGUCCGUUUGUUGAAGUUACCAUGAUUGGGCCUCAUCAGAGUGACAAGAAGAGGAAGUUCACAACGAAGUCAAAGAGCAACAACUGGGCUCCCAAAUACAAUGAAACCUUUCACUUCAUACUGGGGAACGAGGACGGCCCCGAUGCCUAUGAGCUCCAAGUCUGUGUGAAGGACUACUGCUUUGCUCGGGAGGAUCGGGUGCUGGGCAUAGCAGUGAUGCAGCUCAGAGACAUAGCAGACAAAGGAAGCUGUGCCUGCUGGUGUCCUCUUGGACGCAGGAUUCAGAUGGAUGAGACUGGACUUACAGUCCUGAGGAUUCUUUCCCAAAGAACCAAUGAUGAAGUUGCAAAAGAAUUUGUGAAGUUAAAAUCUGAGUCCCGUUCCACUGAGGAAGGCACCUGAGCUGAGCUGUGUGAUCUUUCCUUUUUUUCUUCUGCCUUGUGCCAAUAUGUGCAAGUGUUCAACAGUUCUCUUUUAUUAAUUACAAAAGGUUUUUUUCAUGUUAUCUUUGUCAGCUCCAAUAGCGCACGUGUGCUGUAGAGGAAACAAAUCCAUCAAUCUGAUGUGAAUUAUUUAUUUUUUAGUAGCUGGGUAAGACACUGUAGAGAACAAGGCAAUCUCUUCCUAUUUAAGAUGCAAAUUCUGCUUUGUGUAUAUAAAUUAUUUUAUAUUGCAGGCUGGGUAUGCUGGGUUUUGUUGAUAUGCAGCACUGUGAUUUUAUCCUCUGAAACUGGCAGACAUUGAAAAGGUUCUACAUAAUCACACUACAAAACAAACUAACUGUAUGGAAAUUGGGAGAAGAGUGAUUUGGGGGUUUGGCAAAACGCAGUUAUCUCACUGAAUUCAUGUACUAUGGAGGUGCCAAAGGGUGUUCCUGCACAGAGUGCACUAGUAUUUCAGUGUGUUAUGCAGACACCUCAAUGUCUGCUUAAAAAAAGAAGUUGCAAAUUGCUAUGGAGAUGUACCCCAAAUGAAUGUGCAGCUAAGGUUGUGCUGUUGUGAGCAUGAACAUGACCAGUGGAACAAGUGCAGAGGGCCUAAGAUCUCAUAGCCAAAAACUGCAAAGGCAGCACACAGGGAGCAGGCUGCAGCUGCCCUGCCAUUGUAACUAGAUGCCAUGUUGUAGAGAAUAUGAAAUCCCUGCGUGCUGCUGGGAAUCCUGCAUCACCUUGUGGGUGCUGUAAGCUGCUGAGCUCCACGAGUCACACUUUGACUGCCAUGACCAACCCUGUAAGGAAGGGAACAUUACAGCCAUGGCAAAUAAUACAGCUACUACUUACUUUUUCCAUUUCAAUAUUCUUUUUUUUAGGAGGUUGCCCUGGUUUUGUUUGGUUGUGGGUUUUUUUGUUUGUUUUGUUUUGUUUUAUUUCUUUUUUAUAAUUAAAUACUUGCAAGUUUUCUGUAGCAUUUUGUUAACCCUGGAGGCCAAUCCUCCUUAUAAACCCAGAAUAAUGGCUUGGAAGAGAACUACACGUCUCCCCUCUGCAUGCACUCACUCUUUUAAGUGCAGGUGGAGGGGCAGCAGGUCCAUUUGGUUCUGAUCUUGAAGCUGCUGCUGGCCGUGCUGUGGUUGAUCCAUGUUGAUCAUCAUUAAUCUGUGAUUUAAUAAUACGGUAGAAAAUAUUUUUGCACUAUCUUAAAAAACCAUACUAGUUUUGUUUUCUUGCAAAAUAAAACAGUGUCCUGAGCAAAAUGAUUUUGGGGAUGUCAGAAUUUGAAAUUUUUGUGAACAGGAAGCUCUGGAGUAAUGAUUGUAACGAGGUAUGGUUUUUUUUGAUUUUUUCUUCACUAAGGGGAUAUUUGCUAUUUCCAGCUGCCCUUGUACUGUGGAGGUGCAGCUGGAACAAGCCAGUCCUUGUCCAUAAAGUACUGUAAUACUGUCAAUAAACUCAAGGACUGGCUAUUGAAUGACUUUUUUUUUUUGUAUUUUCUUUUCUAUAUUGUCUGACACUUGUACAGCUGUAUGAUAUGACUACUGGGCUUGCUUGUAGAGUUGAGACUGCACAUCUGCUUCGUUCGUGUCUGUGGUGUACUACAGUAGUGCUCUCCUAAACUUCACGCUAAUUGUCACAACUCUGAAUUGUUGUACGUGCCAUUGUUACGAGAACUCUUAGUACAGUCUUUAAUAAACUCUUUUAGCAGCAUCUGGA